AAUGAACUUCAGAUGGUGGAAUUUGGAAGAGGUUUUGGCUAUAAAGAGAUCCUGACCAUUGAAAUGAAGAAUAUUGCUAGUUCAUUGUUUACAGAACUUGACACAAUUGCAGAGAGAGAGUGCUGCAACGUCAUAUGCAAAUGUACCGGGCAUGAGGGGUCUCGGGGCGCCAGGGGACCCCCAGGGCCAAAGGGAACACCAGGUACAAAAGGAGUUUGGGGACAUCCUGGAGAUGAAGGAGGAAUGGGCCGGAGAGGCCCUCAUGGCUCCAAUGGCACUCAUGGAAUAUCAGGAUGUCCUGGGGAAAGAGGCACACAGGGUCUAGCUGGCUUCAGGGGGGACAGGGGGGACAGCGGCGAUCCUGGAUCACCUGGGCUGGAUGGCGAAAUGGGGAUUCCUGGAGCCCCUGGAGAGCCUGGAGAGAGAGGCAGCCCUGGAAACCCGGGUGAAAAGGGAGACCAAGGGGAAGUGGGAGAGCCGGGGCAUCGGGGCUUGAGAGGAGACUGUGGCGAUUCUGGCACAGACAAUACUGUCCGUGGUUUCAAGGGGGAGAAAGGAAGCCUUGGAAUACCGGGUGAUGCAGGUCUAGAUGGUUCUCCUGGAGCCGCCGGCAGUAAAGGACAUGAAGGUCCUAAGGGACAACGUGGGCUACUGGGAGAGAAGGGAGAGCGAGGCGUUCCAGGUUUGCGGGGACUGACAGGACAGCCCGGAGCCACCGGACCUCAGGGGGAGAAAGGAUCAUCUGGGUUCCCGGGGUCUCAGGGCCCUCCAGGUCUACCUGGGCCUCAGGGUCAAACAGGACGAGAAGGCCCAGAAGGAUCUGUUGGGAAGCCGGGACCAGAUGGACAGAAGGGUCAGCCUGGAGACCCUGGAGAUGGAGCAGCUGGAGGACCAAGAGGACCAGCAGGUUUACCGGGGAGCAAUGGCAGACAUGGUUAUGGACCCCCUGGACAGAAAGGAAGAAAGGGUGAAGUAGGUUUUCCGGGCUACCCAGGGCCUCAGGGACCACCGGGGGAUCCAGGAAGGAAAGGAAGCAUCGGUCCCACAGGGGUCCGCGGACGCCGGGGUUCCACCGGCAGGCCUGGCGCCCCCGGACAGCCUGGAAACCCUGGUCUCCAGGGCCAUGGGGGUGCUAAAGGACCGAGCAGACGCAAAUCAGACAAUAUCUGUGAGCUUGUUUCCCACAUCAAGAAGCUAUGCCCAUGCUGUGAAGGCAGGACGGAUUGCCCUGUGUACCCAACAGAGCUGGUCGUUGCCCUUGACAUGUCCGAGGAUGUUACUCCGCAGGUCUUUGAGAGAAUGCGGAACAUCGCCGUGAACCUCCUCCAGGAUCUGACCAUCUCAGAAAGCAACUGCCCCACCGGGGCCCGCGUGGCUGUUGUCUCCUACAGCUCCACCACAAAGUAUCUCAUUCGCUUCUCGGACUACCACAGGAAAAAACAACUGAUCGAAGCUAUAAAAAACAUACCACCAAAGAGAACAACCAGCCGCCGCAACAUCGGGGCGGCUAUGAGAUUCGUAGCCAGGAACGUGUUCAAGCGAGUCCGCCAGGGUGUGCUCAUGAGGAAGGUGGCCAUCUUCAUCAGCAACGGAGCAUCGCAGGAGGCCACUCCUAUUGUGACAGCAGCACUGGAGUUCAAGGCUCUGGACAUCACCCCCGUGGUCAUCGCCUUCAGGAACGUGCCCAACGUCAGACGGGCUUUCGAGGCCGAUGAAAGUGGGAGUUUCAUGGUGUCUGUGUUGGAAGAAGCACAGGAUCAGAGCCCGGAGCUCUACAGAGUUCGGCAGUGUGCGCUGUGCUACGAUCCAUGCAGUCCCUCAGUGGUAUGCCAAAGCUUCAAAUCUAUUCCCAUUCCUCUGCGCAUGGACUUGGACCUGGCUCUGGUAGUGGACAGCUCCCGGAACGUGCCGACGGAUCAGUAUGAUGGUGUCAAGGAGCUUCUGAGCUCCAUUCUGGACCAGCUCGACGUUAGCAGCCAGCCAGGGACCUCCGACAGGGGAGCCAGGGUGGCUCUGGUGCAGCACAGCACACUGAACUACCCCCCACGGCGAGGAGAAGAGCCUGUCAAGAUCGAGUUUGACCUCCUGCGGUAUAGAAACAGGGACUUAAUGAAAAGGCACAUUCACAAGAACAUGCGGCAGACCGGUGGCUUGUCCUGUACUGAGCAUGCUGUGGAGUGGGUGAUCCACAAUAUCAUGCUCAAGUCCUCCAGGCCCAGACCAACGAAGGUCAUUUUUACAGUUAUCGGAGAAGAGACAAACGUGUGGGACCAAGCCAAGCUGGAUCACAUUGCCCUGCUAGCUCAGUGUGAGGGCGUGACUUUGUUCACCCUUUCACUGGGGCGUCAAUCCAAUGUCACAGCAGUGGAAAAACUGGCGAGCGUCCCACUGGAACAGCAUCUGCUGUGUCUGGGUGAAGCGAAGCAUGGUGGGAUAGAAUACGCUCAAAGGUUUACUCAAGGCUUCAUUCGCAUUCUAAACAGUGGAAUCAACACAUAUCCUCCACCUGAUGUUCAAAGAAAAUGUGAAAGUCUCCAGAAAUGGUUUCACUCUAAAGGUAUCCCUGGAGAAUAUUUGGAAGGAGUUGCACAUACUUGACUAUUUUACAGGAUCUGGUGGAAGAGAUUUACACGGACUAUACCAUCACCUCGACGAAGAAACCGGGGAGCAAGAACAGUACGUUACAGAGUUUGUAGACCUU